GUUGGGCUGUCCAAGUCAUCCCGCUGUUGUUCUUCGUCGAGCAAACUCUUUAGCGCGACUUCUUAACCUUCUCGCAAGAGAAAACCAACCAACUUCGAUGGUGAACGCCGUGAAAGUCUUCAAGAAAACCGCCCCUAAUGGUAAAAUCACCGUCUACCUAGGCCGCCGCGACUUCGUGGACAACACCUCUAGCACCGAACCUGUCGAUGGCGUCGUAGUCUGUGACAAUGACUACCUCCGUGGCCGCAAGGUCUUCGCCACCGUUACGGUCACGUACCGUUUCGGUCGCGAGGAGGAUGAGAUCAUGGGGAUCAACUUCAGCAAAGAGCUGCAGCUCACCACGCAGCAGAUCUACCCCAACUCCAACCAGGACGAGCCUACCGGCGUCCAGGACAGGCUCAUAAAGAAGCUUGGUGCCAAUGCCUACCCAUUCGCUGUCACCCUCCCUGAAAAUGCCCCCUCCUCCGUCCAGCUCCACUCUGGUGACGACGAAACUGCCAAACCCCUCGGUGUGAUCUAUGAGCUGCGUGUGUUCGUUGGUGACAAUGGUGACGAGAAGCCCCACAGGCGCAACUCCGUCGCCCUUGCCGUCAGGAGGGUCCAGUACUCCCCUGCUGGAGGCAACAAGCGCCAACCCAGCACCCUCGUGUCCAAGGGCUUCGCUCUCUCCUCCGGCAAGCUCAACAUGGAAGUCACUCUUGACAAGGAACUGUACUACCAUGGUGAGCAAGUCAAGGCCAACCUGAGCAUCAAUAACUCCUCCAAGAAGACUGUCAAGUCUGUCAAGGUGGCUGUGAUCCAGCACGUCGAACUCACCAUGACCAACAACCAGUUCACCCGCGAGGUGUCUUCACUGGAGUCCAAAGAGGGCUGCCCCAUCACCCCCGGCAGCAACCUGCAGAAGGCCUUCAACCUCACCCCGCUUGCCUCCUCCAACAAGGCCAAAUUUGGCAUCGCCCUUGAUGGCAAGCAGAAGGACUCUGACGCUAACCUUGCCUCCUCCACCAUCGUGGCUGCCGGCAAGAGCGCCAACGAUGCUCUUGGUAUCGUGGUGUCCUACUCCCUCCGCGUCAAGCUGAACUGCGGUGCCUUGGGCGGCGAGCUGGUGGCUGACCUGCCCUUCAAGCUCAUGCACCCCGCCCCUGGUACUACCAUCAAGGCCCGCCCUGACGCUGGCUACACUGGUGGUGAGGACCUAGAGUUCGAGGACUUCGCCCGUCUGCGCCGCGGCGUCAGCGUUGACCAGAACUAAGGUUCUAAUCUCCACAUCUACACUCGCUUCCUCACUUGCCGAUUACCUUGAUCUCCACGGUUCAUCGAUCGAACGAACGAUACGGGAUUUUUUCGAAACGAAGCCGACGUCGUGACAAGUUUUCAGCGUUGCGCGCUCAGUAUGAUAUUUUGCUCGCGUUCCCGCGCUGCCCACACUGACCUCACGUCAAAAUCUCUCACCUGCACAGGUUGCAGAGGCUCAUCGCCAUCUUGGGUCAUGGUGUGGGCAAUCAAGGUCAACCAUCAUCAGCACCCACGUGUCAUCUGGUAUGGGCAGCUCGCGAACUGCCUGGGCUUUGUGAAUGUAUUUUCAGUUCGUCUGAUGCCCGCCUUGGGCAGCACCUACGCUGUGCAUGUGAUUUAUGACUUUUCUGUUUUAGCAUUUUUUUUUUUUUAGUUUUUGUUCCACAAAUUCAUUUAAAAGUGCUCGAAAAUAUCAGAGCAUUUUAAUUUGCUAACAUAAUUCCAGCAAUCUAAAUCAAUUGGCGUUUCUAUUUUAUUUUAUGCUAAUAAAAAAAAUAAUAA